UCCCACGCAGGCCAAGUGGUGAAGCAAGAAUAUGAGGUUUUGAGAAGGGGAGGGGGAAGAAAGAGUUGAGUAACGUCGGUGAAGAUUGGGACUAUUCUGCGAUUUUAAUGUCCCAGAACUGCCACCUGACUGUGCCUCAUGACAGGGACCGCCCUCGGAUCUGGGCGUGAGGAGCGCGUCUGCUGCCAAAGGCUGGCCGGUGCGGUUUCUCCCAUCCCGGGAACUCUCGGCGGCUCUGGGCACGGGUCGCUUCCGACGAUGGCCCAUAGCGACGAGGGGCAGAGGGUUGGCUCGGGGACCCACCGCGCGCCACCCUGAUCUCUCGUCCUUCGCCCCUCCCUGUUGAUUUCUGCUGCUUCCCAAGAGUUCAGCGGCAGCUCGGCUCGGAAGUAAGCCGAGGGGCUUACGCGCAAGUGCACGUGCGAUCCAAUUCGAUGGUUCUAUGACGUGAAUUGGAUCGCAGCCGCUUCGCGACUUCCUUUCCCGCUCGGACGCUCCGGCAACUCAGCCGAGGAGAAGGGAGGGUAGAGCGGACGCGUCAGGAAGGGAAAGGAAAGAAACCGAGGAAAGACCAGCGGAGACGGAGUUGAGCUGAGCUGAGCCGGGAUUCAGCCCCGCCGGGAAAGAAUCGCCCUCCUCCUUCCCGUCCUAGCUCUGCAGUCGCCAACCCGGAGGCGCGUGGUUUGAAGGAGAAAGCGAAGGCGCCAGGGGCUAAGGAAUUGGAUCCAACUUGAUCCUGCAGAAGGCAAGCUGACCUGAACAGAUCAUGCAAAACAAUCGCGCUGAACUCCUUCAUAAUCAGGCCCUGCAGCCCUUACAGUGGCAGAGAGAUCAUCAUCGAGAGGUCCGAGUGACUGUGCGGAGCUCAGCAAUUCAACCCACUACCUAUGCUCCUCGACGACCAUUGCUGAGGAAGACCUUGGUGGCCGUGGAUAUUGUGUGUUUACUUGUGGCCUCCAUCCCAUUCUUCAUCUGCGAAUUCGGCCUCGUUUCUCCAAUGCGUCGUGGCUUCUUCUGCAAUGACAGUAGCAUCAGCUACCCCCUGCAGCAUCCUGAGACCAUCACCGACACUAUGCUCAUUUCAUCAGGCACCCUCAUCUCCUUCCUAGCAAUCACUGUAGGUGAAAUCUUCCAUGUGCAUCAUCUACCUCAGAGAUCACGCUCUACAAUCCCCAAUCCAUAUGUGACUGCCCUCUAUAAAGAAAUUGGGACCUUCCUUUUUGGCUGCUGUGUGGGUCAGUCACUCACUAACAUGGCAAAAGUUGCUGUAGGUCGCCUCCGGCCACAUUUUCUGGCUGUCUGUCAACCUAAUUUCACUCACAUGGCCUGCUCUGCUGGAUACCUGGAGGACUAUGUUUGCACUAGUAGCCACUCUAAGGAAAAGGAGGCCAGAAAAUCCUUUUACUCUGGCCAUGCCUCCUUUGCUAUGUAUUCCAUGAUGUACUUAGUGUUCUACCUGCAGGCCCGAUUCACCUGGCGAGGCGCUCGACUGCUACGCCCACUGGUCCAAUUUGUGCUACUGAUGCUAGCCCUGUACACCGGACUGACUCGCAUUUCGGACUAUCAACACCAUCCAUCUGAUGUAAUUGUGGGACUGCUGCAAGGAGCACUUGUAGCCUAUUGGGUGGCUUUCUAUAUUUCCAACAUGUUUCACUGCAAGCAGCAGCCUCACUCUGUGCCCUCAAGCAUCUUGGACAGUCCCAGCUCAGACCAUCAGACAGAUUGCUAGGAAAGACUCAAAGACAGGCAGAGACUACUUCUGUUUUAUAUUAGUUGCAGGACCUCAACCAACUGAGCCACUGGCUGGACAUUCACUGCUAUACAAACUGCAUUGGCACAAUGGCACAGUCACAGCCAGCUUGGGGCUCCUUGGAAGCAUUUUAUCACUGUUGUAUCAACAGCCACUAAUACAUCAAUUGCUGGAAACACCAGUAGGAACAGCAAGCGUUGCACUGAAGAUCUCCCCUUCCUCCAAGUGUUAUGUAGGGCAGCCUUGUUUUCAUUGGGAUGGGAAAACAUUAGACCACUCCAUGCUUCUUCUUGAGCCUCUCUCCUUCUGGAAAAUACCAUAUCCACAUUGUUGUUCCUCUUGGACUUUCCUUCGGAACACAAAAAUUCACUUUUUACAAACCGGUAUUAUUCAGGAAAACUCGCCCUUCCUCUUCACUGAUAUUGAGAUGAUCUCAUCCCUGAAGUAUUAUGCAGUCAGAUGAUGUUGCUUGGAGAAGGAUGACAAUUGUGGAAUAUUUAGUACCUGUGUUGUUUUAAUGGGGCAUUUCUACUGCUUUGAAAAUCAGUUGAGUGUCUUGCAGAAACAUACUGCUAUCGAGAAGGCAUUAAUCACAAUUCUGAAAAUAUAGGAUGGGAAGAAAGUACCUAACAACCUAGCUGUUUUAGGCAUCUUCCAGUUAUAUUGGGAUAAGACCUCCCAACUGUGUGGUCAAAUUUUAAAAAUUCAACGCGUUACUGACCUAACCUAACCUAUCUCCAGGGUGCUAGAUUGCAGAAAACUGGUGUAGAAAAAGUCAUGAAAGACCUUCCUCUCUUCUAAACCUGAUCUCUUCCACCCCUUAUAAUGUGAAAGGUGUGUGUGGGUUUUUUUGGUAAUAAAUGGUACUGACGAUCACAUAAUUUAAUGGUUGCAACUGAGUAAAAGUUAGUUUAUAAACCUGAAAUAACCUUUUCUGGACUUCAGAGUAUUCCUGUCAGCCAAGUAUGUGGAGUGCUAAAAAUGAGCAAAUAUUUUUGUUUAAUACUGAUAUAUGCAGGAUUCUGGUAUCUGACACAGGAUAUAUUCCUAACAUACUUAGCUUUCAUUGAAAACAACUUUCUGGUUCUAAAGAUAUAUAUAAUCUCUUUCCAGCCAUGAUUCCCUCUAAUCACACUUUUCUCUGAAAACAGCGGCAGUGCUGGCCAAACAAGACCCUGGGUCUCAGAAGAUAUUUUUAUGAACAGAAUCUUACCAAUUAUUAGCAAUUUCAAUGAAGCAAGCAGGAAAGCAUAGAAGUAGCCUGUGGGCACAAGAGAACAGUGUUUACAGAUUCAGGGAAUCUUUGCACAAGGACUCACAAAUUUAAAGUCCAAAUUUAGAAAAGGAGAAGAAAAAGAAGGAUGGGUUCAUACCUUUGCCUAGCAAUGAUUGAGUAGGCUCACUAAUUAUUAGUAGACAAGGGUGGAUGGCAGAGAAACCAAAAAAUGAUUGGGAGAUAGAAUUGAAAGACUUCAAUGAUGCUUCAACAUUUUGUUGGUGUUAGCUAUUAUAAAAUAAAAUGACUGCUUCAGAGUAAGCAAAAAAAAAGAGGAAACAAUGUUUAUAUCCAUUAAAUUCUUAUUCUGGGUGCCUAUAGUUCGCUUUUGAACUACACUUAAAACUGGGAGAUUAUUACAACCUACCAAAGUACAUUUACAAAAUACCUCUUUAGUUGCACUACUCAACCUCCUUGAAAGUAAGUAUUUUUAGAUGCACUGAAUGCAGUCCAGGUAUGACUGGUUUGCGUCUGCUUGUAUACAUCACAAAAGGGAAAAUGCAUCACCAAACACUCAAAAGAAUCCAGAUUUCUUUAACAGCCACCAAUUUUUGAACUCGGAGGCAUGAGGAAAGGAAGUGCACAAAAAUAUAUUUUUCAUUAAAACAAAUACCCCAAAAUAACCCUUGAAAAAUCUUGGAUCCCCAAUAUUUAUCCUACCAAACUCCACCACUGUUGCUGUUUGUUUGCUUCUAUUUUGAGAAAAUAAACCCUAACCUGCUAUAUAUGUCUACUCAAAAACAAGCACCACUGAUUCCAGUGGAUUACUCAGGAAGGUCCUGUACAAUAUUACCUUGAGCCUGACUCCAAGCAGGCAAAAUAUUACUGGAACCACACAUUGUGGAGGGGAGCAGAGAUUAGUACAACCAUUUUUUAGUGACUGUUCAAAGUUAAAAUUGCACCGAAAGAAGUGACUUGUGACUGUAUUCACAUGUGGCAAAUGUCACAGCAGUCACGUGAUGACAAUCUAGGCGCUUGGCAACUAGUUCAUAUUUACAAGGAUUACAGCAUCCAAGGAUCACAUAAUCACCAUUUGUGACUGUCCAAGCCAGCUUCCAAAAAGCCAAGUCAAUGGAGAAACUGUCAGGGAAGAUCACAGAAAUUUGUUUAAUGAUCAUAGCAAAACAGAUCAUAUAACCUGGUGCAGUUAUGGGUUUGCUUGUUUAAUGAUUGAACACUUAACAAUUUUUCCAGGCCCAUUUGUUCUCAUAAAUUGAGGACUACCUGUAAUUCUUCCCUGUGCAGCCAUUUACCUGGCGGGUAAACACUGGACACUGGAGAAACCCAUGUUGAGAAGGGCUGUUCUUUGCCUACGUGAAAAGGAGAGCAAGGAGAAGCUACUGUGGAACUGCUGAAUGAUGGGACCUUGAGUUAGCCUUGUGUUUCUGUGUACUUAGCUUAAUUAUUGAUCAAGCCCUGAGUGGAAGCAAACUCUGGAACAGAGUAAGGAAGGUGAAGCAAUUCAAGUGGGGAUGCGGAAAAUAUGAAAUGGAAUCACACUUUAUGAUGUGAACCCAUUAAAACAAAUGCAGUCCAGCUGAGGGUCAAUUGGGCCCUAAUUGAAUGUCUGUUUCUUACUUAAUAAACCAGCACAAAGGAAAAGGCGUGUCCAAUCACUGGGAGAUUGUGGUCUGUAACAGAUGGAUUGCAGGUUGUGCUGCCUGAGUUGGAGACCACAGGCUGUUGGAAAAAAGAUUCUGGAGAUAUGUGUAGCCAACAUAUCACAAGAUGCACUGCUAUGGAACUUUGAAAAACAAAUGAAGUCACAGUUCUUGUUUUUUCACUGAUGUGCUUAGUUUGUUAUAGACUUUCUCAUGCUAACUUCUGGACAAAAAUUUGAAUGAGAAACAUUCUGAGUUGAAAAGAGUUUCAGCUUGGACAUAAGCUAUUUAUUCCAGUGUUAAACCAUCUGCUGCCCUCCAAAUAUGAAUUGUAAUUCAAUACUUCAGAUUGAGAGCAGCAAUUCUGCUCUGAAAUUGGAUGUUUCAAAAUAUACUCAAUGUUUUCAAGCCUCAGA